UCGGUCCGGAGAAUAAACUUCCACUACCGCAGCUACCGCUUUUAUAAAGAGAAUCUCUCUCACCUUUCCGUUCAUCCCAUUCUCCAUUGUUGCUUCAAAGGCCAAAACAUUCCUCUUCCUCCUCGCCUCUGCAAAAAACCCAUACCAAGAAGCAGAGAAAAGCACCCUCUGCAAAUCUCGGGAAGUGGGUUUCAGUUCUUCGAAGCAUCCUUGCGACCCAUCGAAGCUUUGGAUUUUUUCUUGGAUUGUUUGGUCCGUGAAGAAAGAAAGAACCAGCAAUGCCUGUGAUUUCGCAGGAGCUGCUGUGGGAACAGCAUUCGGUGAGCUGUGCUCGCUUGUUAAGCACGUAGUGCACACCGUUGCCGCGUUUCGUCCCCAACUUGAGAAGAUCGAUUCCACCUUAAGCGAGAUGGACCCGAUCAUAAAGGACAUCUACCAUCUCUACAAACAGCUGGACCGUCUGAAAGAGAUGGAUCCGAUCAAGAAACUAUCGGAUGAAGGCAAAGGACUAGUCAACAAGUGCUUGAGGAUCCGCUCGCUCAACUGGUACAAGAGGUAUACACACUCGAACAAGCUGACCGAGUACGAUGUGGCUGUCCGUGAGAAGUUCCAGAUUUACAUGCCCCUGCUAGCCGCAAGGAACCAUGCGGAGAUGUUGAUAAAGAUGGACGAGAUCAUGUCCAGAUGGCCUGGUCAAGCAAACGGUGGGGGCCUCCAGAGCGGGCUCGGGACUUGGGGCAACCUUUCGGUCCCUGCGGCGCCAGCUUUCAUGGUCGGGUCAGAGGUGGAGGCGUCCAUGAGGGAGAUCAAAUUGCGGUUGCUCAAGGGGGGAGUGUCUGUGAUUGUUGUGACCGCCCCAGGCGGAUGUGGGAAAACCAAUCUGCUCACGAAGUUGUGCCAUGACGGGGAAAUUAAAGGCAAGUUCAACAACAUCAUGUUCGUCAGAGUCUCAAGGAAACCCAAUCUGAUAGACAUUGUCCAGCAAAUGUAUCAACAUAACAGUUUAAAGGCGCCCGAGAUUGAAGCAGAAGAUGGUGCAUUUAGUUGCUUGGAGCAACUGCUCAACAGAAUAGGACAAGAUCCUGUGUUGCUUGUGCUGGACGAUGUCUGGGGCAAAUGGGAAUCAAUCCUUAAGAAGUUUGUCUGCAACAGUAUAAAAGAUUACAAGAUUGUGGUGACAUCAAGAUAUGAGUUUCCUUAUUUUCGUCCUGUGCAUCACCUGAAACCACUGACUCAUAAUGAAGCCGUAAAAUUAUUUCGUGAAUCUGUUGCCGUUGAUGAUGGAAGCAUGGAUGCACCGGAUGAUGAGACCUUGGAUCAGAUAGUGAAGCGCUGCAAGGGAUUGCCAUUGGCUCUUACAGUCGUUGCCAAGUCUCUCCGAGGAAAGGAUCGUCCAAUCUGGGAAAAAAGCUUCUUGAUUGGUCUGAAGGUCAUUCCCCCUUGGGUUCGGACAGCGAGAUUCUAGAUUGCCUCAGGAAGAGCUUGGAUGACUUGGAUGGUGACCCUUCAAUCAAGGAACGUUUCAUGGACCUCGGGUCAUUUGUGGAGGAUUGCAAGAUCCCUGCCACCGCCCUUAUCGAUAUGUGGGUGGAAAUGUACAAGCUAGAUUUUAAAGGCGUGCGUGCUAUUGCUGACCUCCACGAACUUAUUUACAGGAACCUAGCUGAUCUCAUGGUCACCAGGACAGAUUCAAAUGAUGACAAUGAAUCUUAUGGUGGCCACUAUGCUAUGCAACACGAUAUGCUCAGAGAGUUGGUUAUCAUGGAAUGCAACGAUGGGGAAAUAGAGAAGAGAGAGAGACUCAUUUUGGAGUUGAUUGGAAAUAAUUUUCCUGAUUGGUGGAGCAAGCAAAAGCAACAGCCUCUUGGCGCUCGUCUAGUAUCCAUCUCCACAGAUAAAACAUUCUCGACUCCCUGGCCAAAUCUUGAAUUGCCUAAGUUGAGGCUCUUGUCUUGAACUUCUAGAAUGACAUGCAAUCUAAAACUUAUUUGCCUGAAUUCAUUGAGAAGGCAGAUAAACUCAAGACCCUAAUAGUAACAAACCAUAGCUUCUUUCGGGCUGAGUUGCACAAUUUCCAUGUCCUUGGAUCCAAUUUAAGGAGGAUCAGGUUCCAACGCGUCACAGUUCCUUUCCUAAGCAUGGGAAACUUGCACUUACACAAUCUGAAAAAGAUAUCCUUUUUCAUGUGCUAUAUUAGUCAAACUUUGACAUCGAAUGAUGCUAAAAUAUCCGAUGCAAUGCCAAACUUAGUAGAGCUCGACAUUGACUAUUGUGAUGAUCUUGUGACAUUAUCGGAUGUCAUAUGUGAGAUAAAGCCUUUGAGGAAGCUUAGCAUCACAAAUUGCCAUAAUUUCUUUGCUCUUCCAGAACAAAUUGGGCAACUGACAUCUCUCGAAGUGGUCAGGCUUAAUUCCUGCAUAACCUUGUCACAAUUACCGGACUCAAUUAAAAGCCUUCAAAAUGUGAGACUGCUCAAUAUAUCUGAUUGCCAGAAAUUGAGCGCAUUGCCUGAUCAAAUCGGUCAAAUGGUUAAGCUUGAGAGGAUAAACAUAAGAGGGUGUCCGAAGUGGUUUGGGUUGCUGAGGUCCAUCAUGAACUUGAGGAACUUAACGAAGGUGAUUUGUGAGAAUGAAAAAACCAGCAUGUGGAAGCCUCUUAAGGACACUCUCCCAAGCUUGGACAUAAUGUUGUUCGAAGAAAAACAUGACUUGGCUUGGCUUGGCUUGAGUGACAAAGUCAGCAAUCUAAUUUAAGAUAUUAUUGAUAUGGUUCCUGUAAUUUCUCUUCUUACCUUAACUAUCCUCAAUCAUCCCUAAUUUAGGGCUCUUGUAAGACAAUAAACAGAAACUACGAUAUCUUCAGAUCGACCGGUAAUAUUUUCUUUAA